AGCCAAGACGUUAACAACGAACGUCAAAGUGACGGAUUCGCAAUUCGCAAUUUGCAUACAACAAGACGAAUAACAACAAGAACAGCACCAUCUACAAGAUGUUAACGGAAAUUGAAGAGUUAUACAAUUUCAUCCACCCGCUGGCAAUUAAAGCGGGCGAAAUUCUGCUCGACGGCUACGAGCGGGAGGAGAAGCAAGUGGAUAUCAAAGGUGCAUUCUAUGACGUGGUCACCGACUAUGACAAUAAAAUCGAGGAGUUCCUCAAAGGCAACAUCUUGGCCAAAUAUCCGCUGCAUAAAUUUAUUGGCGAGGAGGAAACGGCGAAGAAUCACAAUAUAACCAUGGAGCUAACAGAUGCUCCCACCUGGAUCAUAGAUCCCAUUGAUGGCACCUCAAAUUUCAUUAAACAAAUACCCCAUGUAUGCGUUUCCAUUGGACUCUCCAUUAAUAAGCAAAUUGUGCUGGGCGUAGUCAAUAAUCCUGCCCAGAAGAAACUCUACACGGCCAAGUUGGGACAAGGCGCCUUCUGCAAUGGCAAACCCAUUCAUGUGAGCAACUGUGAGCGUGUCCGGGAUGCCAAUGUGGCGUAUGAGGUGUCCCUACUCCAUGUGCACAAUAUGGCCAACAAGCACAUCAAACGCAUCUACCACGUGGGAUUGCAUGCCAGGCGCAUGUUGGCCUACUCCUGUGUGGUGGAUGAGCUUUGCAUGGUCGCCGCUGGCAAUCUGGAUGCCUUCUACAUUGAGGAAAUGUAUCCGUGGGAUUGUGCCGCCGGCUCUUUGCUGGUGCGUGAGGCUGGUGGAGUUGUUAAGAAUCCCUUUGGCGGACCAUUUGAUAUAAUGAAACCCGAUUUAAUUUGUGCCGGCACCGAGGAAUUGCGGCUAGAAAUUGAAAAUCUGCUGCGCAAGGCCGACAAGGAGCAGUCGGUGGGUGGCGGAGCUGUAGAUAUGGCGAGCAGCGUAAGCGAGUCAAAGCUCAAAGAGUAUUACGAUGUAGCUCUGGACUUGGUCAUCAAAUGUGGCGCCAUUUUUGAGGAGGGCUACAACAAGCCCAAAUUGGAGGUAAUGGUUAAAGAUGCCUUCUUCGACUUUGUCACCGUUUACGAUCGUCGCAUUGAGGAGACACUAAUAACCGGCCUUUCGAGCACCUUUCCCGAAUCCCAUUUCAUUGGCGAGGAGAGUUUGGCUGGCAGCAAACAGUUGCCCGAACUAACGGAUGCACCCACCUGGAUCAUUGAUCCCAUCGAUGGGACCACAAACUACAUACAUCGAUUGCCACAUUGUGGCAUCUCGCUUGCUCUGACCAUCAAUAAGCAGCUGAUGCUGGGCAUCAUCUACAAUCCAGCGGCAAAUGAAUUGUUUACGGCCAGGAAGGGUGAAGGCGCCUAUUUAAAUGGAAAACCAAUUCAAGCAUCCAAAGCAACUACGAUUGCCAGCGCUGUGGUGGGCAAUGAAGUAACGUUGAUGAAUGUGCCACGAUGGCGUGACGUGUGCCUCAAGCGUGCCUAUAAAUUGGGUUCCCACGCAGCUGGGACACGUUGCUUGGCUAGCGCCGCCAUGUCGUUGGCUUAUGUGGCCAAGGGUACACUGGACACCUAUCAUGUGGAUUAUCUAAAGCCCUGGGAUGUGGCUGCUGGUGUGCUGCUGGUGCGCGAAGCAGGCGGAGUUGUGCACAAUACAAAGGGCACUGAGCAUGAGUUCAAUGUGAUGAAACCCAAUUUGGUAGCCGCUGGCACAGAUCAGCUCGCCCAGGCCGUCAUCGAGCUGAUUAAGCAGGCGGAUCAGAUUAAAGACUACAUAUUCGCUUAGAUUAUAUUAAUGGAUUUGUUAUGCACUCACAUUGGGCGG